CUGUGAUAAAAAGUACUACAACUUGCACUUUCUGCAAGAAACGUAAACAAAAUGUCUAAAAAGUGUUAUGGCUCGUAGAUUUAGUUAUAUUUCUAUAGAAAGAUUAUUAUUUUCCCCUUACUUUAAUUCAUCUAAUAAAUGUUUUUCACAAAAAUGUUUUCGAAGAUUCUUCAGUGGAAAAUUCUGUCCUCAGUCAACACUAGUUCUCAAGAAAUCAUAUUUAGUUGCAGUUGAUAAUGUCUUUGAAAACAGAAAGUUAUUCACUCUACCUAAUCCUCUUGGGAGUAAGAGGAAAGAAUAUUCAGAAAAAAAAAUUCUUGGUUAUUCUAUGGAACAACUCUAUGAUGUAGUUGCUGGUGUUGAAUAUUAUAAAGAUUUUUUACCAUGGUGCAACAGUUCUGUUGUAACUAAACGAAGACCAGGUCAUCUUAAAGCAGAUCUAGAGAUUGGUUUUCCACCUCUUGUUGAGCGUUAUACUUCAUCUGUAACACUAGCAAAGCCACAUUUAGUGAAGGCCUGUUGUACUGAUGGAAGAUUAUUUAACCAUUUAGAAACAAUUUGGAAUAUAAAACCUGGCAUACCUGGCAAUUCUAAUUCGUGCACUUUAUAUUUUUAUGUGGAUAAUGUUAUGAGAAGCAGUGUAGCUAUUAGUGGACUAAAACAAGGGACUAAAUGAAAUAUGACCGAAGAUGGAAUAAGAACACUAAGAAAAGAUAUAUUCUACAGCAUCCAGAAGUAUGAAACUCCUCUAGAUUUGAGUAAUAAUAAUAAUAAAAAGAGAUAGCUUUAAAAUUAAGUAAUUUUGGCAUUGUAAAAAUCAAGAAUUUGUGAAAUUUCAGUUAGCUUUCAAAUUAGCUAAGU